CAUUCAAAUAGUCGCUUGAUGCUCACGCUUGCAACAUGGCGCUAGUUUGUUCAAUUUCCAAUGAGUUGCCAGAGGUUCCUGUCGUGUCGCCAGCAUCAGGGCGAGUCUUUGAGAAGCGGCUCAUAGAGAAGUUCAUCUCGGAGAAUGGCAGUGAUCCUGUCAAUGGAGAACCUCUCUCUGAAGAUCAGCUGAUCGAGAUCAAAGUGAAUCCAUUGGUGAAGCCACGGCCACCGACGGCAACCAGCAUUCCAGCGAUCCUGAAGCUCCUCCAGGACGAGUGGGACGCCUGCAUGCUGCACAGUUUCACGCUCCGUCAGCAGCUUCAGACGGCUCGUCAGGAGCUCUCUCACGCCCUCUAUCAGCAUGACGCAGCGUGCCGUGUCAUUGCUAGGCUCACCAAAGAGGUGACUGCUGCCCGUGAAGCCUUGGCUACACUGAAGCCCCAAGCAGCACCAGGCAUCGCACCGGGUGCAGCCAUGCCCGCUGCUGUGGCUGUCCAACCCAGCUCCGUACCAGAGCCAAUGGAGGCUGCUGAAGCCGGUCCUAUGGGCAUGACUGAGGAUAUCAUACAAAAGUUGCAAGAGCGUGCCAACGUGCUCACCGCAGAGCGUAAGAAGCGUGGUAAGAAGGUUCCGGAUGAACUGGCUCCAUCUGAAGAUAUCAGGAACUACAGACCAAGAGCUUCUCAUCCAGGUCUGCACAGUGCCAGUAUUCCUGGUAUUUUGGCGCUUGAUUUACAGGCAUCUGAUACAUCCAAGGUUCUCACAGGAGGAGCUGACAGAAAUGCUGUUGUGUUCAACAAGGAUACGGAGCAAGUGACGGCCAUCUUGAAAGGUCACACAAAGAAGGUCAACAAUGUCAUCUACCAUCCUACAGAGGAUGUGGUGUUCACUUCUUCGCCCGACGCCACCAUCCGUAUCUGGCUCACCCAGAAUGGCUCCUGCUCCCAGGUGGUACGUGCUCACGAUGCCGCUGUAACCGGUCUCAGCCUCCACGCCACCGGAGACUUCCUCCUUAGCUGCUCCGAGGAUCGUCACUGGGCCUUCUCUGACAUAACGACGGGACGCGUCCUCACCAAAGUCUCCGAUGAUUCUGUCGGCCAUGCUCUGACCUGUGCCCAGUUCCAUCCUGACGGUCUCAUCUUUGGAACCGGAACCGCCGACAGCGUCAUCAAGAUCUGGGAUCUCAAGGAGUGUACCAACGUGGCCAAUUUCCCCGGCCACUCCGGUCCCGUCACCGCUCUGGCCUUCUCCGAGAACGGAUACUACCUGGCCACGGCAGCCGACGAUGCAAUCGUCAAACUCUGGGAUCUGCGCAAGCUGAAGAACUUCAAGAACAUCACCCUAGAUGACAACUACGAGAUCAAAUCAUUGACCUUCGACCAGAGCGGUUCGUACCUAGCCGUAGCAGGCACUGAUCUACGAGUGUUCCUCUGCAAACAGUGGCAGGAGCUGGCUGUCUUUACAGAUCACACCAGCAUGACGACUGGAGUACGUUUUGGACAGCACUCAUCAUUCUUGGCAUCCUCCAGCAUGGAUAGAAGUCUCAAGUUCUACAACCUAUAAGCUACGUUCAUACACAUCACAUUAAACACACCAACAGGACGUACUGGUAUCUGUUACUACACAGUAAAACAGAGUUUCUUGCAGGAUUAUUUUAUCAUAAGAACAGUGCCCAGAAUUGAAAUCUAGUGUUCUAUAUGAAGUCUAAUGUGAAGCCUCCAUCAAUCUGCCAAGCUAAUACGUUAUCCGUAUGCUACUCUAUACAGACGGAUAUUUGCUUGGAAUAUGUUAUUCAUUGUAAUGGAAAAGAGGAGGAUUUUGAAAAGAGAUUCAUUGUAUCAUUUCCUAUUUUUAUUACCACUAACUCUUGUUUCAAUGUAAGAAAUUAUACAUGUGUAUAAAAAGGAAGCCAAGUUUUUUUGUAAUAUUGAAUGAGUUAGGGGGUUCUUGAUUGUCUCAUGCUACAGUUUUUCUUUGGGGCUACUUGGUAAGGUAGAAACUGCUGCUCUUUUCAAUUAAAUGCUGGAAAAGCUUCCAAAUUUGUGCCGUGUAUCAUACAGUUAUAAAAGCUGGCCAACAUACAGCUGUUCUCUUUCAAGUCGAGUAUUACACGCUGCUUUGUUGAAUCAAACGGUUUGGCUACAUUUUAUCACAAAAAACAAUACUUUUUGUGCUUUGGUACAAUUUGUUUCAUUUUGGAGACCAUCUUUAUCCUUUAAAAAAAUUAUUAGAAUAAAAAAAUGUCUGAAUCUCCCCAGUGUGUAGAUAACAGUAGACAUUAUACACUUGUGCACGUGAUAAAGAUAAAUUGCCUUCUUCAUACUACAGUCUCUAUCUGUUACGUAGGCUAUUUCUAGGUAAAGCAAAUAUGGGGAUAUAUGCUCUCAUCAGCAGCAACAUCUUCUGCACAGGUAUGUUUGUGGAUGGAUCAAAUACAAUCUGCAUACUAUCAGCAAACAUUUAUUAUGCUGGCUAUAAACUGUACGUUGCCAAUUUUCUUGUGAGUGAAUGAGGUCAACUGAGUAUCUUUCUUCGUUAUAGGCAACUAUGAAAUAAUAUUGUGUAUCUGUAAAUAUGAAUUCAAUGAGCUUUGGGUUUUUUUUUCAAGCCUUUUUCUAAUCAAUGUAGUUGAUUGCCAAUAAUGUUGUACUACCUUGUAUAAUUAGCUUAGACAUUUUUCUUUACUCGAUAAUUGUAAAAUUAUUUUUAUAUGAUUGUAGUGACUUGCUUAUCACUAGUACUUGUGUAUUCUCAUUCCAGCGCUACUUUACUAAAGUCAUCUAAGAUAAUUGAUUGAAUUGCUCGGAGGAGGGAGCUGUAUGUUUGUAUAUUUACUGAUGAACAAAUAAGAUCAUGCACUGUUCUUGUAUUUCAUCAUCAAAAUUUGAAAUUUAAAUUACAUGGAUACACCAUGAAAAGUGAUUGUUAACCAUGUAUCAUUUUUAAUAAAGUUGUUGAAAGAUUAUUGAAGAUUCUAGCGCUUUUAUAGAUCACAACGAUUUGCUCUUUUCUGCCGUGGGAUUUAAAGGGCUGUGUCCAUGUUGAUGAGAAAAUGACACCCAAAAUGUUUUAGUUACAGGUCAUGUAAAGAUACAUAUAUUGCUUUAUCUUCUGGGGAUAUGCUAGACAUUCAUUCUUAUAUCUUAUAAUGAAUUAGUUCGGUCAGAUAUUGAACACAUUUCAAAUGUUGAUUGAAGCCGAUGCGUAUAUCUAUUUUUCUUGUGUUCAGAUUGUUGUUUCUGUUAUGUUUGUAAAAUGAAAAUAGUCUUGUGUUUUAAGAAAGAAACCAACAUGACACAAGUCCACUGUUUUUACAGUUCCACAAAAUUUGCUGCAGAACAGAUUUGGUGUAAUCCAUGUUUCUGUUUUGGGGUAAUCAGUUACCUAAAGAAAGGCAAAGAAUCCGUACAAGUCAGUGAUUUACGCUCUACUACGAAAUAUAUGUAAUGAUGCAGAGCACAUUUUACAUAGUUUCACUUUAACUUUUUGUAGUUUGUGUAAAGACUUAAUACCAGGGUGGUCGGUUUCUGUUAAUUAAAGUCUCAGACAGCAUACAUUUAGGGGGGGGGGGGCUUAAAAUAUCAAUUUUGAUAGAUUGUUGUGAAGGUGUAUUGCUGACCUGAAGAAAAAUGUUGUGUAUAUAAAUUUUUGGAUCCUAGUAUUAAUAAAGUGCAUUUUCAUUGACUUGCAUCAUUCAAACUCCAA